CAGUUUUUGAAGAGUCAGUUUGUUUUCCUUUGCCUGUCAGGCAGAGUUGAGGGCACACGCUGUGCCAUGGAACGGAGUCGGAACUUGAAGCAUGGCUGAAGAGGGCGAAAAGAAAGCUGUGCUAGAAACGGUCCAGGCCGAUGGAGCUGAUGAGGGCUGCGUGACCUUUGUGAUGCACGAUGAAGACCACACUCUGGGGAACUCCCUGAGAUAUAUGAUCAUGAAGGGCGUUGAUGUGGAUUUUUGUGGCUACACCAUCACCCAUCCAUCUGAGAGCAAGAUUAACUUUCGCAUUCAAACACGAGGGGGGAUUCCAGCCACGGAGCCGCUGCGGAGGGGCCUCAACGAACUCACAGACGUCUGUCAGCACGUUCUCAACACCUUCCAGGCACGAGUUGAUGAGUUCAAAGCCAGACAGGAGCAGCCCAUGGAGUGAUCGGGGAUCCCGGAGACGUCGGACUCCAAACAAACGAACACAUCCUCCCAGUGACGGGGAGGAUGGGCGAGUCCACAGCGCCCUCAGACAGAGGGAUCAUGGGACUUUUGUACAGUGUUCUUUUUUUAUACUAUGUCUAAAUCGAUUCUUGAUGGACCAUGAAAGUGUUUCAGUUUUGGGUUCAUAAUUCCUGUGUUGCUGGAGCGGCGAUUCAAACAGAUAGAAAACAUUAAAAUCAACCAACAAAGAC